AUGAUGAACUUACGUGCAAUAUACGCUCGUAUCUCAUCGUCGUAUUGGCGCCAACGAAUAUUAUUCUUAGUUCUCUUGGCGAGUUCCACUCUUUUAUGUUUUUUACUAUUAUCUUCAACAUUGCAUUACUCUCAAACGUGUCUUUAUCAAGCACAUCUUAUUUACAAUCGACUUGAGUUCGAUGGUAUUGAUACUAUCGAACAUUUUGCUGAAUUCAUAUGUCCACAAAAUGUUCGCCACCUAGUUGAUUGGAUUUAUGGCUGGCCAGAUGGCGUAUUUGAAGAGAAGAUUGGGGUCCCGACUAAUGCAAUCCAUGUUGCACCCUGUUUACCAUCAGGUAGUAUCAUCAUUGUCAAGACUUAUUAUUUAUCGAGUUUCUUUCGUCGCGUAUAUCCACAACUACUCAACAAAUUCGUUUUAAAAACCACUCAAGUAGAUGCAUCUGCGCCUCUCGAAUUUCUGUCCUAUUUUCACGAGAGCAAUUCAAGAAUCAUUCACUGGUUUGUGCAAAAUUCUGAUGUUCAUUUGCCAAACAAUGAUCGAUUUACAUCCAUUCCUAUCGUCAUACGUACAAUCUUGAGGCAAAAUACAAUCUCAGCAGUCUUUUUGCAUAAUGCACCGGGCGAACAAUCCAGAACAAACCUUCGGUCUUUCGGCAUGAAACACACACUUCCUAUUGGCUCAAUACAAACAAAAUCUACUCACAUCCAAGCACGCCUGACAAAACAAACAAAGUUAAGCAGUAGCGUUAUGGAAGCUCCUGCAAGACUUGUUAAACAAAAUAUCGCCGCACAGGCAUCAUCUCUGACGAGAUUAAUGAAAUCCCAACAUACGGUGUCAAAUAAUUUCAAAGCAGUACAUGUUAAGCGAUUGUCAAAGAAAACGAUCUACAAUCAUAAUUCUUCGCAGCAGCCAGUCACAACAUUGGCAACGAGCAACGUGAACAUCGAAAAUAUUUCACCUGAGCCAAUGUAUACGUCUUCGUUAGACUCUGACUAUGAUCAUCAUGUACCCGCUGCUCGAUCUAACGAAAGUUCGUUUGUAAUGCUACAGUCGAACAAAUCGAAUAAGGACGACAAGUUUUCGCAGUGUUCACCUUCAAAGGUGAAAAAGAACAUACUGGAUAUUAACUCGCUGGCUCACAAUGCAUUCACAAGUCAUCGGCCAAGAAUGACUUUCGAUAUCACAACCGAUAGAAUAAUAAGAAAUGAUCAUAAAAAUCGCAAAAUGUGUGCAGCUCGUUUUCCUCUUUGGUGUGUAGUUCUGUCCUGCAUGUGCUUUGUUUUCCUAGCGGUUGUUAUUGCUGCAAUUAUUGCACUCGCUAUAGUUUUAACAAAGACUAAGUCAACAACUUCAACGACACUUUCAACGGUAUCAAUGACUACGACCACUCCUACUGCUUAUUGUGCUAGUACUUGUACGGGUAGUUUUAAUUCGUCUGCCUCAAUCACUUGCGGUCUGUAUUGUGAUGACGGUGGCGGCUACUAUUGUCGUCCCAGUUCGACUUAUUGCGCUGGUAAAUAUUUUAGUCCAACUGGCUUUGGAUAUUGUGACCCUGCGAGUAGUCAGUAUACAGGCCCUUGUAAUACUACUGAUCAUUGCUGUGUUUACGAUAAUUAUAUUCCUGACUAUUAUUGUCUCAGUCGGAGUUCAUGUGGUUUCACUGGAUAA